AAGGUGGCUACGAGUUUUCCAUAUUUAGGAGGCUGCAAAAAGGUGGGGCAGAUAGAAUGGAUAUGACAAAGAUCUCUUUGGGUAUAUGUGGGCCUGGAGAAGUAAUGGGAUAAUUUCUAAUUUUUGGAGAAGGCAAGUGCCCUCAUGCCGGGAUGGCCGAAGAUGAGCCCGAUGCUAAGAGCCCGAAGACUGGGGGAAGGGCCCCCUCAGGUAGUGCUGAGGCGGGAGAACCCACCACCCUUCUUCAGAGGCUCCGAGGUACCAUUUCCAAGGCCGUGCAGAACAAAGUCGAGGGAAUCCUGCAAGAUGUACAGAAAUUCUCAGACAACGACAAGCUGUAUCUCUACCUUCAGCUUCCCUCAGGGCCCAGUACUGGAGACAAAAGCUCAGAGCCAAGUACACUCAGCAAUGAGGAGUACAUGUAUGCCUAUAGGUGGAUCCGUAACCACCUAGAAGAGCAUACUGACACCUGUUUGCCAAAGCAAAGUGUUUAUGAUGCCUAUCGGAAGUACUGUGAGAGCCUCGCCUGUUGCCGCCCACUCAGCACAGCCAACUUUGGCAAAAUCAUCAGAGAGAUCUUCCCUGACAUCAAGGCCCGAAGGCUUGGUGGCCGGGGCCAGUCCAAAUAUUGCUACAGUGGCAUACGAAGGAAGACCUUGGUAUCUAUGCCCCCCUUGCCUGGACUUGACCUGAAGGGCUCUGACAGUCCAGAAAUGGGCCCAGAAGUAACCCCAGCACCUCGGGAUGAGCUGGUGGAGGCAGCCUGUGCUCUGACCUGUGACUGGGCAGAACGAAUCCUGAAACGGUCCUUCAGUUCCAUCGUUGAGGUCGCCCGCUUCCUGCUGCAGCAGCAUCUCAUCUCUGCCCGAUCUGCACAUGCCCACGUGCUCAAGGCGAUGGGGCUCGCUGAAGACGAUGAACAUGCCCCUCGGGAGCGGUCAUCUAAAUCCAAGAAUGGUGUAGAGAGCCUAGAAGGUGGAGCCCAUAAGAAACCAGAGAGACCAGCCCAGCCUCCUAAGGAGCUGGAACCCCGGGCUGGAGGUGGCCCCCCUGCACGUGGCGAGCGGAAGAAGAGUGUAGUGGAGAGCCCAGCCCCAGCAGCCAAUAACCCACAGGUUAAUGCCCUGGUGGCCCGGCUGCCUCUGCUCCUUCCCCGGGCCCCUCGCUCACUUAUUCCGCCAAUCCGAGUCUCUCCACCCAUCCUGGCCCCCAAGCUUUCUUCAGGCCUGAAGGUGGCUACACUGCCUCUGCCCAGUAGGGCUGGGGGACCCCAGGCAGCUAUGCCCAUCAUUAACAUGAUCUUACCAACCGUUCCUGCUUUGUCUGGACCUGGACCCGGACCCGGGCCUGGGCAAGCCCUGCCUGGGGCGCUCACUCAGCCGCAGGGCACAGAGAACAGGGAAGUAGGCAUAGGUGGUGACCUGGGACCCCAUGACAAGGGUGUCAAGAGGACAGCAGAAGUACCUGUGAGUGAGGCAAUUGGGCAGGAUCCACCUGCUAAAGCAGCAAAGCAGGAUAUAGAGGAUACAGGAAGUGAUGCCAAAAGAAAACGGGGGCGCCCUCGAAAAAAAUCAGGUGGAAGUAAGGAAAGGACCUCUCCCCUUGACAAGUCAGCACCUGCCAUGGACUCUGCCCAGUCCCCAAGGUUACCACGGGAGACGUGGGCCUCUGGAGGGGAAAGCAACUCAGCUGGAGGGUCAGGGAAGCCAGGACCAGUGGGAGAGGCUGAGAAGGGGAUGGUGCUUGCCCAGGGUCAGGAAGAUGGUGCUGUUUCCAGAGGAGAAAGGGGCCCCAGUUCCCGGCAUGCCAAAGAAGCAGAAGAUAAAAUUCCUCUGGUCACCUCAAAAGUGAGUGUCAUCAAGGGCAGUAGAAGCCAAAAGGAAGCUCUUCAUUUGGUAAAGGGAGAGGUAGACACCACAGCGCAGGGUAAUAAAGACUUAAAGGGGCAUGUGCUUCAAAAUUCCUUAUUCCACGAGGGGAAAGACCCCAAAGCAACACCCCCAUGAUAGGUAUGUGGGGAGGAGUGUUUAUAUCCACAUUAACUCUACCUGCCUAGUAGAGGCCCCUCUGCACUUGCUUCUCAUUUGGCUCUUCUUUUCCUAAGGGAAUUCAUUUUCCUGUACAGACAGCUGAGGCACCCUGUGUCUUACACAGUGUCCGGCUCCUGCCUCUGACCUUUCCAGCUCAGUACCCUUGGCUUUAGCGUCACUGAUAAAUCUGUCAUGACUGUCUUACCUGGAUCUCUGUGCUAUCCUGCAGGAAGAUAGGGAUGGAGUAAGUAUGAUGAAUGUAUAGGCUAGGAAUCUUUUGGUUUUAAAUCGU